CCUUCUUCCAAUACCAUUGGCAUGACGAAGGCAUCAUCAUCACAGAUCUUAUUCUACAUUAGCUGGUCUCGAUGCUGCAGACUUAGCUCUGGACCCUGAGCUUCCAAACUGGUGUGUGUGGGUGGGGACAACUGACAGCAAGUUGGAAUCGUCGGGAUAAAAGAAAACCUUCGGGGUGGGGCUAAAAUAUGAGUGAGAGAGAAGAUGGAGGCGGGCUUGGUCGGCGAACUGACAUCUCCUGAGCUGAAAAUGCUGGCGUCAGUUUGCUAGACCGCCAGACGAAUUAAGACACGACUCGAGACGAGACACAAAGAUUUUAUCAAGCUUAUUGUCCAUUUUUGUACUUCGACCUCAAGUACCUGCACUUGUUUCUUUUAUAUUUUACAGCUCUAAUCAACACGUCUUCUUAGUUUCAACAAGUUAAAUCUUAAGUGUAUUAGCAGGUGUAGUAGCAAGUGGUGAUCAAGUGUUUUUAUAACAUAAAUUUAAUUCAAGUGUUACAAUUUAGAUAGAUAUUUAACUAUUACCAAUGAUGCAAGCACAGCAUUUGGUGACUUUACCAACUCCAAAGCCUGUUCCAAAUCAUUACUAUCUCGUAAAUUCCUCUGGUAUUCCUCAUAAUGGAGUAGUUCUACAAAGCGUAGGAAUUCCGCACAGCGCAGGUAGCUCUGCAAGUAACUCACCGGUACAAUUCGAACGAUUUUCACCUUCAAAUCAUUUAGUAGACUUGAGCAGUCCUCAGGAGCAUCGAAUGCAACCAGAAUUUCAUCAUCCUCAUCAUUCUCACCAUCAUCAUCUUCUCAAUUCUCAUCAUCAGCAUCAACAGCAACAACAGCAGCAACAGCAUCAUCAUCAUCACCUUCAUCAAGUAUAUCAAUCUGGAACACCUAAUUUUUAUAGUUACUAUGAUUCUUAUGAAGAUGAAAAAAGAUCACAGGAUUUAUCACAGUCUCAACUGGACUACGAGCGACACGAUUCACCAGGAUUUAUUUCAGAUCAAAGUCAAGAACAUGAUCAAAUGUACGUACCAAAUUCAUCAUCUCCUUUGCAAAUGUAUAAUUCACCCGACGGUGCUGGUAGCAGUGGAGCUGGUGAUGAAAUUUCUUCAGGAUCACCUCAACUUCAAGAUUUUAAUAAUUCACAAAAUGAUAUUAUUGAAUAUAAACCAGUGAUAGGAAUUAAAAAAGUACCAGUAGAUAACAUAAAUGUAACAAAACGUAAAAUAGUAAUGGAAGAAGCGUCAUCGUCUUCGAAAAAUUUUGAUCGUCUUAGUGAAGUUAAAAACGCGGGUAGUUUAAAAAGAAAAAGAAGAGUAAGUGUCAAUGAAGAAUCUGAAAAUGAAAGUAUCGCUUCUUCAUCAGGAUCGAAAAGAAAAAUUCGACGUAAAAGUGGCGCUAGCUAUGAAGAAAUUCAAAAUCAACGAGUUAUGGCAAAUGUGCGUGAAAGACAAAGGACGCAGAGUCUAAAUGAGGCAUUUACUUCUUUAAGAAAAAUAAUUCCAACUUUACCAAGUGAUAAAUUAAGUAAAAUUCAAACAUUAAAACUUGCAACAAGAUACAUUGAUUUUUUAUAUCAUGUAUUGCACGGCGUAGAUAAUUCGGAUAAUAGCAAUUGUCCUGAUGACAAUGAUGGCCACGUGAAUCCGAGAAAUCCAAUUUUGGAAGCUCGAGAAAUAGCAGCGUCUACUCCGUGCACGUACAUGGCACACCAGAAAUUAUCGGAUGCAUUCAGAUUCUGGCGAAUGGAAAGUGAUUGGCAUCCAAAUUAAUUUUUUAAAAAUUGUGGUAAAAAUAGUUACUUUAAGUACAUUCUUUUUUUUUGUUUUUCUAUUGCGUAUAUCGGCUUAUUUCCUAUUUUCGCUGGAUCGAAAAUACUGUGAAAUGCCAAAAGAAGAUUUAUUUGCGUAUAAAUGGACAAUGGACGGAAAUUUUCAUUGUUCCCUAUAAAGGUUACUGGGUAUAAUACCAUUGGCAACAAUGGCGGAUUAUUACUAUUGGAUUUUCCAAAGUACCUUUCUUAUAAUAUUAUAUACAACUUUAGAGUAACUUUAAAAUCUGAAGAUUGGUUUUAUUUGGUUUUAAAAUUUAUUAUGUUUAGAUUAGGGUCUUAAAAAUUUUCGUGGGAAAAGGCAAAUUAGUGUAGUGUAUAUUGCAUUGGGGAUAUUCCCCGACAACUUUUGUUUUAAAAAGUUUUAAUAUAAACAGAGGAAAAAAAAAUGAAAGAAAAAAAUAAUUAUGAGGGGAGAUAUAUGUGGUAGCUGUCGUCGUUGGCCGCUAGUGGCCCGGAAAAAUAUUAUUUUUUCUUAAGAUGACUCCGUACUGGAUGGAUGGAUGGAUGGAUAGAUGGAUAGAUGGAUGGAUGGUGGAGCCUUGCUGAGUAUGCAGCCGGCUAGACAUGCGUAUAGUUUAUAUAUAUAUAUGUAUUAACUUCUUCUUGUUCUUGUUCUUUAACUUCUUCUUGCUCUUGUUCUAAAUCUUCUUUAUCUUAUUUUGCUUGUAUGCUCGGUUAGGUGGCUAAGCCACUAAUACACAACAUAUAAUAUAACACACAGUAGCAGCAGCAAAGUCAACUCUUAACUUCUUUCUUUAUAUUCAUACGGCAGUCGCGUCAAUUUCUCUCUCGGGGGGCCCACGAGACCGACCCCGUAUCGUGUGAAUAUUUUGGAUAGCUUUCGUGGUUAUUUUAAAACCACGGCCAAACCAAAACUCACAACUAAACGCGUUUUACAGUUUUGCGGUAUGAGUAUUAACAGAUCUACGAUUUACGUUGUUUUUAUUAUAAUUUCAAACAUUUAUUACUUUUAUUCAUCAAACGUCAUAAUUUAUUUUUAUUUAAAUCACAUCAACACUCUAUCAAUUAUUUUAGGAAUUUUUUAAAAUUAUAAUUACGAUUAUUAUUUUUUUGAAAUUUAAACUCUAAUGUAAGACAUUUUAAAAUUAGCUCAUUAAUAUGUAAAUUUAAUAAUUACUCAGUAAUUUUUUAUAUACAUCGUAAGAAAAAAAAUUUUAAAAAAAAGCAUACAUGAAUUUUUUGUCAGCAAAUAGUGAGUUUGCUGACCAUAAAUCUCGUUGGAUUCAAUUAAAAAAGACAACUCUAGUGAGACAGAAAGUCUCCUGCAGACUACCAGUGACGUUUUUGGGGAGUGAAGCUAUGCUAUAAAAACAAACUUAAUAAAUACAGAUUUUUUUUCUUUCACGCCACAUUUUAUAAACUGGUAUGACAACUAAAGCUACCAGAUUUAAUUUUUAUUUCCUAAAUUUAUUUUAUUUCAUUUAUUAUCUAACACUUUUUUUAAUCAUUCAAAUUUUUCUCCACUUAAGAUUUAGUUGACAUAAUUUAGGUAAAUAAUUUAUAAAAAUCGAAUUGAAAACAAACAAUAUAAAGUUUAAUUAACUCUGAUAAAUAUAUAGUUUAAUAAUUAAUUAUAAAUCUAGUAAAGAAAAUACAUCGUGCGCACUAACACUGCUGCGAUCAUGCAGUUAUAGAUCACCAAAGAUUUAAUUUUAUAGAUAACAAAAAAAUUCAAUGAUCAUUUCAACUUAAAAUGUAAUAAGAAUGUAUAUAAGUAAUUAAUUUAGUCUUCACUCUAAUUGAUGUAAAUCAUUUUUAAAUUUAUACUAUAACUAAUAUUUCAAACGUAAGCUUCAGUUAUAUAGCUAUCUACAGUGUAAUAAAGAAUGUAUAUAUAUUUAUUAUCAUCAUGAUGAACCGUCGCUAUUUUAAAUUACGUAAUUUUACAAUAGUAAAAUUAUUACGCAGCCGGUUGAUGCAAUAAUUUAUUAAUUAAUAUAUUUAUAUGCUUACUGUUACUACAAAUGGUUCAAUCACUAAGAUAUGUCUAUUAAUAUAUAUCUAUAUAUAUAUAUAUAUAUAUAUUAAUUGUAAAUAAACAUUUUAUACGUACUAUUAAUACGUAAUAUUAAUUUGUAAAUAUUUUGCAUAAUAUAUAUAUUUUUUUUUUAAUUAUUAUAUUUAAGUGUAAAAUAAAAAUGUCAUUCCUAAAUUCGUAUGCAAUAUCAGCAUUCGAUACUCCACUAUAUUUAUAAUGUAAU